AUGUUCUCCGUGUCUGUGUCAGUCGAGCCAGGUACGGUAGUCGUGGCGGUUGUUGUCACUGCGGUCGCGCUUGUGAUAGCAACGCAAAUAUACGAGCGAAUACGACGUGACCAAAAGUACAAGUUUCCUGGCCGCAUACCUGGCAUUCCUAUAUUUGGAAAUUCUUUCCAAAUCCCUGCCAUACAGCAAGGACCAUGGGCGAAGGAAAAGGCAGAAAAAUACGGCGAGAUGUGA